CCCUUUUUCCAACAUGGCUGACCAGGAGCAGACUAAUCUCAGAAAGAGAACCUUCCGCAAGUUCACCUACCGCGGCAUUGACCUCGAGCAGCUCUUGGACUUGUCCUCUGAGCAGUUCAUGGCUCUCGUCCACUCCCGUGCCCGUAGAAGAUUCCAGCGUGGUCUUAAGCGUAAGCACAUGGGCCUCAUCAAGAAGCUCCGCAACGCCAAGAAGGAGGCUACCCCCGGCGAGAAGCCCGCUACCGUCAAGACCCAUCUCCGUGACAUGAUCAUUGUUCCCGAGAUGAUCGGCUCUGUUGUCGGCGUCUACAACGGCAAGACCUUCAACCAGGUUGAAAUCAAGCCUGAGAUGACCGCUCACUACCUUGCUGAGUUCUCUAUCUCUUACAAGCCUGUUAAGCACGGUCGCCCCGGUAUUGGUGCCACCCACUCUUCCAGAUUUGUUCCCCUCAAGUAAAAAAAUCAAAACAAACUCUACAAAUCAAAUAUAUAUGUAUAUUUCAGUUUUUUGGCUGUGGUUUUUU